AUGACUACUCCCAAGGCUAUCGAUUGCUUCAUCGACCGCCGUUUCGACUUCCUAAUCGUAGGUGGCGGUACCGCAGGUCUCGCCGUCGCAGCCCGAUUAGCUGAGAAUCCCAAUGUGGUCGUCGGUGUGCUAGAGGCAGGGCCAGAUGUCACCGCUACUGGUAUCGAAGGCAUAGACGUGCCAGGAAUGUUUGGAACUACUCUAGGAACCAAGUUCGACUGGCAAUUUGAGACGACGCCCCAGGAGGGGCUAAGGGGAAGGACGCUCCCGUGGCCGAGGGGCAAGGUGCUUGGGGGCACGAGCGCCCUGAAUUUCAUGACUUGGAAUCGCGGGAAUAGGGAGGACUAUGAUGCAUGGGAGGAGUUGGGGUGCAAGGGGUGGGGGUGGGAUGGUUUGCUGCCUUUCUUCAAGAAGUCUGAGAAUUUCCACCCGCCUACCGAAGAUACACAACUAAAACACAAGGCGCUUUACGACCCCGAUGGCUUUGGCACUUCUGGGCCGAUUCAAGUCACAUAUGCCAACGAAUUCUCCGAGUCCCAUAAGUCAUGGCACGGGACGCUCCAGGAACUCGGGGUUGAGAUAAAUGAGAAGCAUGUUAUGGGAUCCAACGUCGGCGUCUGGACAAGCGUAGGGUCAGUCAAUCCUACCACAUGUACAAGAUCUUACGCAUCGACGGCAUACUAUCUACCCAACAAACACCGGAAGAACCUGGUCGUUCUUCCGGAGUCUUUGGUCGAAGAGGUGGUCCUUGAACAGCACCAAGAUUCCUGGGUAGCAAAGGGUGUUCGUUUCAGACACGGGGGAGAGAGUCACUUUGCUACCGCCUCGCGGGAGGUCAUCGUCUGUGCUGGCAGUGUCCAGUCCCCACAGAUCCUCGAAUUGUCUGGGAUUGGAAAUCCGGAAAUACUCGCAAGAGCCGGGAUUGAGUUAAAGGUGGCCAACCCUAAUGUGGGAGAGAACCUUCAGGAUCAUCCCAUGGUCGCCACCAUAUAUGAAGUCGACCCCAGUCUGCGUAGCCCUGAUGACCUCAAAAACGACAAGAAUGUUGCCGCCGCCGCUCAUGCAGAGUACGUAAAGUCGAAGUCCGGUCCACUCACAAUUCUCACAAAUUCUGUGUGCUAUCUACCCAUAUCCCACGUUGCGCCGGAGAAGGCACUCGCGAGCAUUUCGUCAAAAGCUGCGCAAUUAUCUGAUGAACAUCCUGGGCGAAAUGAAAUCCGCCAUCGCCGCUUCGCAUCCUCGUCCAAGCUGGGCCAGAUCGAAUACAUCUUCGAUAUCGGCAACUGGAAUGUCUAUUUUCAACCCGACCCAUCCAACGGCAAGAAAUAUGCCACUAUGCUACAGAUCCUACAGUAUCCCUUUUCUCGAGGCAAUAUUCACAUACAGUCUAAAGAUCCAUCGGAUAAACCAAUCAUUGACCCUAAAUACUAUGUCGGAGCCGGUGGAGAGCUGGACUUUGAGAUCAUGGUGCACUGCGCCAAGUUCGCGGAGAAGAUCACUCAGACUAAACCAUUGUCCAACAUUGUCCGAUCGCGUGCGGCGCCGUCAACUGAAGUGUCGAGCGAUGAGGCGCUGAAAGAUUGGGUCGUGCAGAACACGAUAACUGAUUGGCAUCCAGUAGGCACCUGUGGAAUGGGCGGUCAUGGUGGCAUCAGUUCGGGCGUCGUGGAUGAGCGCCUUAGGGUGUAUGGUGUAAAGGGGCUUCGAGUGAUCGAUGCAAGCAUCAUGCCUAUGCAAAUCAGUGCUCACUUACAGGCGACUGUCUACGCCAUUGCUGAGAAAGGAGCUCAGAUGAUUUUGGAAGAUUGGGCAAAAGAUGCUUAA